CGGUAGCAACGUGCCGUUACAGCUCGACUAUAUCCAACACCCAUAGCGAGACCGAAGGAUAUUUCUCCGAUAUUUCCAAUGCCAAACUUCCACCGGGCGAUGCACACGUUUCCAAGUCGAUCGACGACGCUUCUAAACCGUCCCGUUCUCCGAUUAAUAAUUGAAAUCCGAAAUCAAUAAGCGAUAUCAACAAGCUGCGAGUGUGAAAGAGCGAAAUCGCGCGACAAGUUCAGGUGACAGCUGCUCCAUAAUCUUAUCGCAAACGAGAAAAGUAUGUCCGAGAUAUACACCACCUGUUUCGUUUUUCGCGAUACAGUGAUCAAGUGUUCAGACGUGCGAAAUCGGUGGGACGCGAUGCGAUCUACAAUACGAGGACUGUGAGGCCCAAAAAAUUACCAAGACCAUGAUCCAUUGUCUUUCAGAUCUGCUCCAAUAAGUUAUAAAUGACUCCUGUUUACAACAUACCGAUACGCCUAAAUGGAUCGCAAACAGAGACUCAGUCUCCAACCGAGAAGCAAUACCGGACCCCCACAAAGAGUCUUGAGGCACACCUUGUCUCAAUCUCAAAUUUAUGACAACGACAGAGCGAAGAAAAAGAAACACAGGUUAUCACCGACGAUAUCAACAAUAAGCGAAAACGAAACCUUAGAAAUGAGCCAAGUGACAAUCGCUAUCGACGCUGAAAAACAUUCCAAAUCUACGAAUACAAGAUUCUCUUAUGAUAAUGGAGGUUUUGAUGGAGGAAUCGAAAAAUCAGAGAAGAAGAACAUGCCAAAUAGAGUGCCCAGCAUGCAGAGUUUAGAGGUAGUCCGGGAGCAAUACUGCUGCUGCGCGAAGAGGACGAAAUGCGAAAGGAAGUUGAUAAUCGCUGUCACUGUGUUAUCUAUUGUAAUAAUCGUACUGAUAGUAGUAGUCGGUGUAGUAGCAGGUCGGAAAGAAAUCGCCGAAUUUACGGGACUCAGACUGGGAUUAUAGGUUAUUACGUUAUUCGUAAUGCAUACAAAAUGUACAUUGCUUGUGAAUUUAUUUAUUGUGCAUGUUCAAAUAUAUCUAGUGCCAUUUGUAAA